GCCCAAAUUUGGGGGGUUUAGGUUUAAGUUAAAUGGUUGACCAAAACUUUGGGUCAAAACUUAUUGGUCAAAACAUUGGGUUUAUGCUUACUGGUCCUAAACCCCGAAGCGCGCAAAAGAGUCACAAUGCUGAACAACACUCUGUUAACGCUCCUUGCUAGAAGAGCAUCAACAGGAGUAAAUCAAAACCCAAUUUUACUUCAGCGAUGCUUCUGUUCACCACCGUCUUCUUCUUCUUCAAACAAUAAGCUCUUCGUCGGAGGCUUGUCAUGGUCCUUGGACGAGAAGUCCCUGAAAGACGCUUUCUCUUCCUAUGGGGAGGUCACUGAAGUGACCAUAGUGUAUGACAAGGACUCAGGCAGGUCUAGAGGAUUUGGAUUUGUAAAUUUCUCCAAGGAAGAUGAUGCCAAGUCUGCAAAAGAUGCUAUGGAUGGAAAGGCGUUGAUGGGUCGGCCACUGAGGAUUAGUUUUGCUCUCGAAAGAGUUCGGGGAGGGACUGUAGUUGUUCCUCGCCUUCCAGGCAUUGGAGAUGGUGUUAAUCGCUCAUAGCUGAGAUCAUAUGGGCAAAAACUUCCAGUUUCUGUCUUGCGGCUAGAGUAGGACAACGAACACUAGAGAGCGAAGAUCUCAGCGAAAACAAGCAAGAACAAAGAGAUAUCCGCAGUAGGAUUAAAGCAGGAACAAGUCUAUUUGAGUUAUAGGGCUGAGUAUCCCAAAGAAGCUCUAUAUUUUCUGUUAAAAAUGACCAAAGACCCCUACAAAGACUCAACAAAGCUAAUAUAUACUAUGUUACAGCAACCCUAAUAAAAGCAUAAAUAGAUGAAAGCAGCUGGAGCCUAAAACUAGACCCAACAGAACAAUUAAUAAAAACAGCAGGAAUCUAGAAAGACUUAAAAGAACAAUAAAUGAUAAUUUAAUUUCGGAGUCUUUUGGAUUCUCCUGCAGGGAUGAAAUCUGCUGUCCCCAAAAAUAUAAGCAUCUCUCUCAG